GUCUCUACAGAAAAUACUUUGAUCUUUGAUUUUUACAUGAGUUGAGAUUGUGCUGUUUUGAAAUUUGGGAAGAUAUUAUAGUAUCUAGACGACGAUAAGCGUAAUCUGUACUUACUACUUAGAAUUCUAUACUAUUCAAGGAAAAAAGAACACACGAUACCACAGGCAUCUGCACCACUCCCUCGCGCCGAUUUCAGCGAUUCGGUAACCAUGGGAUUUAUCCAGCAUACCGAAAAGAAACUGUUCGGAUGGUGGAAAGCGAUUGAUAAAACCCGUCCUGGCUCUCUCCAAGAUAUCCAUCUAGUGAGAACUGCAUCGCAAGCAUCGAUCACGCUUUCGGUCUACAAAGAACGCCGACGUUUGGCAAAGGAAGCCGAGGAGCAAGAGCAGCAGUAGAGGAAAACUCACUCCAAGAAGACUUGUAAUUUGGUUGGGGAUGUCUUCGAUAAGUCGAUUAGUUUGAAAAAUUCUCAUGAGAUUGCUCAAGAGGCAAAGGAGGGAAAGCAUUUUAUGGAUAUCGAGCCUUUGAAUCGUGAAGUCGAAGACGGAUGUCUGAACGCGGAUGAUUGGGGCUGGAGUGAAGUAGAAUGGGAUGAGGAAAAAUGGGACGAGGUGAAAUGGGAUGAAGAAGAAUUGGACGGAGAGAAAUAGAGGGAGGAGAAGGAUAGUUGCGUCGAACAUGUUGAGCAUGUCGAGCAUGCUGAAGAUCCAUAGUAGUAUUUAGUACCAGAGUUGAGUUGGAGGGAAAAUUACAAUAGGCAUUUGAAUAAUGGGAAGUGUUAGGGAACUUGGAAGAUAGCAAAUGGAAAGAAAGGUCGAGGGAGUGUAGAUGGACGUUGUCAGAGUCGAUCAAUUCGAGAUAUCCAGAAUAGAUCACAUAGUCUGAAUUUAGUCUUGAUAAACACAAAAUUUAUAAAAUGACA